UAGUUGCACAAUAACUCGUCCAGGGGUUUACAUUGAAUUUUGCGUGGUUCACAGAGCAACUGUCCGCCCAAGACUUCCUUUAGAUAGCUCCGCAAACCCCCCUUUCCCAACACCCACUGACUCACCUCACGCGCCGGGCCCCCAAAGUGGCAGUCAGGCUGAAGCACUGGAACGAAACUCAGUGUUGCUAACUGAGACUACUGGUUCAGUACAGUGUCGAAGCGUUAGAGUUGUGGAUAGGUACUUUGCGAAUACCAGUUUCAUCUUGUUGCGGAAAGACUUCCAAUGAAUAUCAAGAAGGACCCUCUGCAGAAACGACGUUCAGAAGAUUUAGUUGUAAGUGGUAAGCAGAUAACUGUAGCUCUUAUCACGCUCGAUAUGGAGAGAUUUUCGGGACUCCAACUUGACAGAUGCCCUCAGUGCCAGGUUACGAGAGAUCUGUCCUAAUCUGUACGGAGCAGCUGACCUGAAAACUACAAAAGCGAACGAACUUUUACAAAGCGCAAAACAUCAGACCAACAAAACGGAACAAACAACUAUGCUUCAUAAGAGUCUUGAACUUUUCAAGCAGGUGACAGUUAACAUAGACCUGGGUGGUAUUUGCAACCAAUACGCCAGUGUGGGUUUCUAUGAGGGUAUCGUGGAGCUGUGUCUGGCAACAGCAGCUGAGCAGGAUAACCAGAACUUAGCUGUUCAUCUUACCCAUACUGGUGAAGAUGCAGGAGAACAGUUGUUGGUGGCUAGAAGGCACUGCUACACUUGUAUUACAAACACACUAAACAAUCUGCUAGCAAUGUCCCAGGGCGCUAGUGGUAUUCACAACAACACAGGCGUCAAGGUAAGCAGCGCGGCAGAAGCAGAGAAGCAGUUGACGACCAUGCUGGACUUCUGUUACCGGAGCAAUGACGAGGUAUUCCACGUCUUUCUGUACGAGUGGCUGAUUGGAAACGGGCUUGUUAACCGGCUCCUUGCCAUUAAGAGCAGUUACUUGGAACCGUAUCUGAGGAGAGCUGCUAAACAGCCUGAUAACCUACAGAUUCUGGAUAUAAUGUGGAAGUAUUACGAGAAAGAGAAGAACUACAGUGCAGCUGCCAGGAUCCUAGCUAAACUAGCAGACCGGGACCGGGACACUGAUAACUUUACCCUGUGGGACCGUAUUGACUACAUAUCACGUGCCAUACUGUGUGCUAAAGCGUGUAGUACUUCGCUCAAUAACGAGGUUACUGCUCCAAAGGCCACUAGAAAGACCGCCAAGUUGCAAGACAAACCGGGAAAUUACAAACACAGAGAGAUGCAUUUCCCUCACAAACACACGAGUAUGGACGUCACACCACGUGGAGUGACUCCACUAAAAAAGACGUAG